UACUCAGCCCUCUCACCGUUGUGGCCUCUCCCGUUGCGGAGCACAGGCUCCGGACGCGCAGGCUCAGCGGCCAUGGCUCACGGGCCCAGCCGCUCCGCGGCAUGUAGGAUCCUCCCGGACCGGGGCACGACCCCGUGUCCCCUGCAUCGGCAGGCGGACUCUCAACCACUGCGCCACCAGGGAAGCCCACAUGUUUUAUUUUUUAUGUAUCUUGUCUCCGCCCCCCUCAAGCCACUGUAAAUUCUGUGAGGGAUUUGUUUCUGAUUUGUUCUUUGGUAUAUCCCCGGAACUAAAACUGCCUAGCACACAUUAGGCUCUCAGCAUUUGUGGAAUGAAAUGAGUGAGUGUAACACCCAGGAGUGACCAACAGAGGGCGAAAGAGAGAUUCGGUGGGGGAGGAAAUGAAAAUGUUUUAUCCCAAGCUUCGAGUACAAUUCCGCAAGAUUUGACUUCUCUCGGCCACCGUAGUGCUUAGGCCGGAAAAAGUGCAGCUACUUCCGGCUUCCGAGGUCCGGGGAGAUUGCUUUGGGCUGUUGGAAACCGAACCCCCAGGUCCUAAGGCAGCUUCUUUGUGGAACAGAGGCUCCGGCCCGGGGCUUCAGGCCUCCGGGUGACCCGCCCGGCCGCCAGCGAGGCUGCUCGAGACACUCUCAGGGCCGGGAAUAGGGAGCGUGAGUCGCCAUGGCGACGCCGGCGGGGCUGGAGCGCUGGGUGCAAGACGAGCUGCACUCGGUGCUGGGACUGAGCGAGCGGCAUGUGGCCCAGUUCCUCAUCGGUACCGCGCAGCGCUGCGCCUCGGCAGAGGAGUUCGUGCAGCGCUUGCGAGACACCGAUACCCUGGACGUCAGUGGGCCGGCCCGGGACUUCGCCUUGAGACUCUGGACCAAGGUCCCAAGGAAGGCUGUGGUGGAAAAGCCAGCUCGGGCAGCAGAGCGAGAGGCCAGAGCCCUGCUGGAAAAGAACCGAUCCUACAGGUUGCUGGAGGACAGUGAGGAGAGCAGCGAGGAGACUGUGGGCAGGGCCGGGAGCAGUCUCCGGAAGAAGCUGAAAAAACGGAAACACCUCAGGAAGAAACGUCAGGAGGAAGAGGAAGAAGAAGAGGAGGAAGAGUUUUCUGAGAAAGAAAAGAGGAAGACACAGGGGAGUAAACAGCAGACGGAGAAGCCAGAGUCAGAGGAUGAGUGGGAGCGGACAGAGCGAGAGCGCCUUCAGGACCUGGAGGAGCGCGAUGCGUUUGCCGAGCGGGUUCGGCAGCGGGACAAGGACCGGACUCGCAACGUCCUGGAGCGGUCAGACAAGAAGGCUUAUGAAGAGGCUCAGAAGCGCCUCAAGAUGGCUGAGGAAGACCGGAAAGCCAUGGUCCCUGAGCUGCGGAAGAAAUCCCGCCGAGAAUACCUGGCCAAGCGGGAGCGCGAGAAGCUUGAGGACCUGGAGGCCGAGCUGGUGGACGAGGAGUUCCUCUUUGGGGAUGUGGAGCUGAGCCAACAUGAGCGGCGUGAGCUCAGAUACAAGCGGCGAGUGCGGGAUCUGGCCCGGGAGUACCGGGCGGCUGGGGAGCAGGAGAAGCUGGAGGCCACCAAUCGCUACCACAUGCCCGAGGAGACGCGAGGACAGCCAGCACGAGCGGUGGAUCUAGUGGAGGAGGAGUCCGGUGCCCCUGGGGAGGAGCAGCGGCGCUGGGAGGAGGCCCGGCUCGGGGCAGCGUCCCUGAAGUUUGGGGCCCGAGAUGCUGCCUCCCAGGAGCCCAAGUAUCAGCUGGUGCUGGAGGAAGAGGAGACCAUCGAGUUCGUCCGGGCCACUCAGCUCCAGGGUGACGAGGAGCCGUCAGCCCCACCUGUUCCAACCCAGGCCCAGCAGAAGGAGUCCAUCCAGGUCGUCCGCCGCAGCCUCCCAGUGUUCCCGUUCCGCGAGGAGCUGCUGGCCGCCAUUGCUAGUCACCAGGUCCUCAUCAUCGAAGGCGAGACAGGCUCGGGCAAGACCACCCAAAUCCCACAGUACCUCUUUGAGGAGGGUUACACAAAGAAAGGUGUGAAGAUUGCCUGCACCCAGCCCCGGAGAGUGGCAGCCAUGAGUGUGGCUGCCCGAGUGGCCCGGGAGAUGGGUGUGAAGCUUGGGAAUGAGGUCGGCUACAGCAUCCGCUUUGAGGACUGCACAUCAGAGCGAACUGUCCUGCGCUACAUGACGGAUGGGAUGCUUCUCCGGGAGUUCCUCUCUGAGCCUGACCUUGCGAGUUACAGCGUGGUGAUGGUGGAUGAGGCCCACGAACGGACCCUGCACACAGACAUUCUCUUUGGGUUGAUCAAGGAUGUUGCUCGAUUCCGACCUGAGCUCAAGGUCCUGGUGGCUUCAGCCACACUGGACACUGCCCGCUUUUCCACCUUCUUUGAUGACGCCCCCGUCUUCCGGAUCCCUGGACGCAGGUUUCCAGUUGACAUCUUCUAUACCAAGGCUCCAGAGGCAGACUACCUGGAGGCCUGUGUGGUGUCUGUGCUGCAGAUUCAUGUGACCCAGCCCCCCGGGGAUAUCCUGGUGUUCCUGACAGGACAGGAGGAGAUUGAGGCUGCCUGUGAGAUGCUCCAGGAUCGCUGCCGCCGCCUGGGCUCCAAAAUCCGGGAGCUCCUGGUGCUGCCCAUUUAUGCCAACCUGCCUUCCGAUAUGCAGGCGCGGAUCUUCCAGCCCACGCCCCCUGGGGCACGGAAGGUAGUUGUGGCAACGAACAUCGCCGAGACCUCGCUCACCAUCGAGGGCAUCAUUUACGUGCUGGACCCGGGGUUCUGUAAGCAGAAGAGCUACAACCCGCGCACGGGCAUGGAAUCGCUCACCGUCACACCCUGCAGCAAGGCCUCAGCCAGUCAGCGAGCUGGUCGGGCGGGUCGGGUGGCUGCAGGGAAGUGCUUCCGCCUGUAUACCGCCUGGGCCUAUCAGCACGAGCUGGAAGAAACCACAGUGCCCGAGAUUCAGAGGACCAGCCUGGGCAACGUCGUGUUGCUGCUCAAGAGUUUAGGGAUCCACGACCUAAUGCACUUUGAUUUCCUGGACCCUCCGCCAUAUGAGACCCUGCUGCUGGCUUUGGAGCAGCUGUACGCGCUGGGGGCCCUCAACCACCUUGGGGAGCUCACCACGUCUGGUCGAAAGAUGGCAGAGCUGCCGGUGGACCCCAUGCUGUCUAAAAUGAUCCUGGCCUCUGAGAAGUACAGCUGUUCGGAGGAGAUCCUGACAGUGGCUGCCAUGCUCUCUGUCAACAACUCCAUCUUCUACCGACCCAAGGACAAGGUCGUCCAUGCCGACAAUGCUCGUGUCAACUUCUUCCUCCCUGGUGGGGACCACCUGGUUCUGCUGAACGUUUAUACACAGUGGGCUGAGAGUGGUUACUCUUCCCAGUGGUGCUAUGAGAACUUUGUACAGUUCAGAUCGAUGCGCCGAGCCCGGGAUGUGCGGGAACAGCUGGAGGGGCUCCUGGAACGCGUGGAAGUCGGUCUCAGUUCCUGCCAGGGGGACUAUAUCCGUGUCCGAAAGGCCAUCACUGCUGGUUACUUUUACCACACAGCACGGUUGACUCGCAGCGGCUACCGCACAGUGAAACAGCAGCAGACGGUGUUCAUUCAUCCCAACUCUUCCCUCUUUGAGGAACAGCCACGCUGGUUGCUCUACCACGAACUUGUCUUGACCACCAAAGAGUUCAUGAGACAGGUAUUGGAGAUUGAGAGCAGUUGGCUUCUGGAGGUGGCUCCCCACUAUUACAAGGCCAAGGAGCUAGAAGAUCCCCAUGCUAAGAAAAUGCCCAGAAAAGUAGGCAAGACACGAGAAGAGCUAGGGUGAAGAGCAGAGAACAUAACAGAACAAAUAGAACGUUAACACCAGCUCCUUUUCCUUCUGUACAUUAUUUAAUAUCUAUUAAUAAAAAUAUUUUUAGAGUAAA